GGGUGGCAUCUUAAGGACCCCGACUGGGCUGGAAAAAGGCACAGAGGGAUAAACCGGUGGGGUGGCUGUGUGUGUGUGUUGGCGUUUUGUUCUUAACAAUUGUUUAAUUCCCUUUUCGAAACUGCAGACCGAUACACACGCGAAAGACUAAGAGGGGUGUAAGUUGUCCUGUACCACUCGGACGAGAUCGCAACAAUUCGUCACGUUGUUCUGAUCAAACCGAUCAGAUCAGACGUCUUCGGAAAUUAUCCUGUGUGGAUACGUUCCCCGUUAGGAUAAAGACAGCCUGCCAGCAAGCAAACUAGUGCGGUGGAUUAAUCUAAAGAGACGAUGAGUACUCUGGAUUCUGUGGAUCGAGUCGAGUUGUGCGAGAGUCUGUUGACAUGGAUUCAGACGUUUGGAGUGGAGGCGCCCUGCAAAACAGUGGAGGACCUCGUCGGCGGGGUGGUUAUGGCCCAGGUCCUGCAGAAGAUAGAUAUUGUGUAUUUCAAUGACAACUGGAUAAGCCGGAUUAAGUCUGAAGUGGGGGAUAAUUGGAGAUUAAAGAUCAGCAACCUAAAGAAAAUCUUAAAAGGAAUCUUAGACUACAAUCAAGAGAUCCUGGGCCAGCAGAUUAAUGACUUCACUCUCCCAGACGUCGGCCUCAUCGGCGAGCACUCAGACGAGGCGGAGCUGGGCAGGAUGCUGCAGCUCAUCCUGGGCUGCGCCGUCAACUGUGAACAGAAGCAAGAGUACAUCCAGACCAUCAUGAUGAUGGAAGAAUCUGUACAGCACGUUGUCAUGACGGCCAUUCAGGAGCUGAUGAGCAAAGAGUCCCCGGUCACAGGAGGAAGUGAUACCUACGCGGAUCUUGACCGACAGCUCAAGAAGACCGUGGAGGAGCUGAACGACGCUAUGGCCACAAAAGAGGAGAUUGCCCAGCGCUGCCACGAGCUAGACAUGCAGGCCUACCUCGUUCAAGAGGAACGUGAUAGACUGAGGUUAGAGUAUAUUGAACUAGAAGAAAGGGUGGCAGGGCUUCAGGAGGAGAAGAGCAGCCUCCUGGCCGAGAACCAGGUGCUGAUGGAGCGGCUCAACCAGUCCGACUCCAUCGAGGACCUGAACAGCCCGGCCGGACGCAGACACCUGCAGCUGCAGACCCAGCUGGAACAGCUACAGGAGGAGACCUUCAGGCUGGAGGCGGCGAAAGACGACUAUAGGAUCCGCUGCGAGGAGCUGGAGAAGGAGCUGGCGGAGAUGAGGAAUCAGAACGAGGAGCUCACCUCCCUGGCUGACGAGGCGCAGUCGCUCAAGGAUGAGAUGGACGUGCUCAGGCACUCCUCUGACAAGGUGUCUAAGCUGGAGGGGAUGGUGGAGUCCUACAAGAAGAAGCUGGAGGACAUGGGGGACCUGCGGCGGCAGAUGAAGCUGCUGGAGGACAAGAACAACGUCUACAUGCAGAACACCGUCAGCCUGGAGGAGGAGCUGCGGAAAGCCAACGCUGCCCGCGGCCAGCUGGAGACCUACAAGAGACAGGUGGUGGAGCUGCAGAACAGACUGUCGGAGGAGUCAAAGAAGGCCGACAAGAUGGAGUUUGAGUACAAACGCCUCAAGGAGAAGGUCGACUCCCUCCAGAAAGAGAAAGACCGUAUGAGGACGGAGAGAGACUCGCUGAAGGAGACCAUCGAGGAGCUGCGUUGUGUGCAGGCCCAGGAAGGCCAGCUCACAGCAGGCAUGGUUCCCCUGGGCAGUAACGAGGGCUCAGAUUCACUGGCUGCUGAAAUCAUGACCCCAGAAAUCCGGGAGAGACUCAUCAGACUCCAGCAUGAGAAUAAGAUGCUGAAGAUCAACCAAGAGGGUUCGGACAACGAGAAGAUCGCUCUUCUGCAGAGUCUACUGGAGGAUGCCAACAGCAGGAAGAACGAGCUAGAGACCGAAAACAGGUUGGCUAACCAGAGACUGCUGGAGGGAACGAGCCAGGUGGAGGAGCUCCAGAAGAACCUGACGGAGCAGGGCCUCAAGGCUGACGAUGCCAUUGCGAUCAUGCUGAAGAAGAAACAUGAUGAGCAAUUGAUUAAACUGAAAGAGGUGAGCAGUGAACUUCAGAAGAAGAAUGCCCACAUCGAGGAUAUGGAAUCCAAAAGCAGCCAGACCACUCAAAAGGUGGAAGAGCUGGAAGAGGCCUUGAAGAAGAAAGACGAGGACAUGAAACAGAUGGAGGAGAGAUAUAAGAAAUAUCUGGAGAAGGCCAAGAGUGUUAUCCGGACUCUGGACCCCAAACAGAACCAAGGUUCGGCUCCCGAGGUGCAGGCCCUGAAGAACCAGCUGCAGGAGCGAGAGAGGAUGCUUCAUUCCCUGGAGAAAGAAUACGAUAAGACGAAAACACAGAGGGACCAGGAGGAGAAGCUGAUUGUGUCUGCCUGGUACAACAUGGGCAUGGCCCUCCAAAAGAAGGCGGCAGAGGACCGGCUGGCCAGCACAGGCUCGGGUCAGUCGUUCCUGGCCCGUCAGCGGCAGGCCACCAACACGCGCCGCACCUAUCCUGGCCACGUUCAGCCCACCUCAGCCAGUGAUGUGAUUGCAUGACCGGCAGGGCGGGCUUUGGUGGAAGUGGGUGCAUGACCGUGCUGCUUGCAUGACUUAAUUUGCGUUGAGCAUGCAGAAAUAACCCAAUCAACACUAACCCUCCCACAGCCUCUCCCUCUCCUUCCCCCGCUUCCCCCCCCCGUUAUGUGGACUGUCGUGGUGGGGAAGGACAUUCAGUCCUAAACUCAGACUCUCCGGAGACUCCCUCAGCCCUCCCCUCCCAAACAAAGUUACAGUCCCUCCAACGCCACAACACCUCCCUCGGCCCUGACCGUCUCUAAAAGGACGGCCCGCCUUGCUUGGGGCUGUCACUCCUCAGGCUGGAGUGGGAGGUGCAGGUAUGGUGCAUGCUGGGAGAACAGGGAGUAUGUGUUUUCACUACUUCCAAGAUGGCCCCUGACAGAGGUCUGGACAGAUCCAGAAGUGGCAGGACUAGUUGAGCGGGGUGGAGGGUAUGGGUUCAUGUUAGCCUCUUACACUACCUACACGACCACUUUGACUAAUUUGGGGUAGUCGGCUGGACACCUUAAUGAAACUGCUCAGAGAAGCGUGUGAAAGGGUCCGAGACUGUUUGUGUCGUUGUCUCCUAAGGAUCAAGCAAAAAACUUUGUUGCUAAUAUCAAAUGAAGACUACAUGAAUCCGGUAUUUUCCCAUUCAGAACCCUCUCUAAUCCAUUUUCCUAUUUUCUUUUUUCUUCUCCCGUGUAUAAUUUAAUUGAAUUGAACUGCCUCUUAUUCAAUGGUGUUACUUUUUAUGCUUUGUUUGUGUCCCUUCCCCAAAACCCCUUUGAACAAACUGCUCUGAAGAUAGCAGUGUGAGAUCUAAGGACAAAUUGGACUCUAUGAACAAAACCAAGCCUUCGCAAGCAGAAGCUCUAUUUAUUUUUUCCUGUUUUUGUUUGUGUUUUAUUUCCACCCUCAGUAUUGACAGUAUUAUUCUAUGAUUUUUCCGAGUUUUUGUUUAGUGACGGUAUAAACAAAGGAGCCUGGAUGUUUUCCAGUAUCCCAGUCUCCGUGUUUGAGAAUGUCCACUCUUGCAGGUCUUGCGUACGUCAAAAGACAAAAUAGGAAGGUAGACUCCCAAGGGUGUCUUUCUCAAACUCUUUUAAGACUCAAGUGCUUUUUUACACCCCAAAAUAUUCAGUGUGGAUGGAAAGUCUGAGGCCCCUGGUACUGGCAUACCUUUGGCACAUCAGUGAAACUGUAGUCUACCACUACUUUCUGUUGACUUUUUCCCCCAACAGAUUAUAGCAGAACUCUGUUCAUGUUAUGCGAUAGAUUUUCAGACUCUGUGUAAUGUGUAAGAUUUGUGUCGGGCGGAGAGAUGUUAUGGAGAAAUGUUCAGGUUUUUAAGUAUUCUUUAAUUCUCGGUCAGGUGUGGCAAGAGUUUGCAUGUCUUAUGGACACAGAAUCUGUAUCAGUGGUCAGAGAUUCCUUGUCGUCUUUUAGCUCUGAAAUCCACAUUAGGCCUUUCAUUACCGUCCACAGUGGAAAUCUUCAAACCUGCUUGUCUGCUACCCAGUCCAGGAAACCUAGGGCAAACAUUAAAAAGCAGGUUGUACAAUUAACUAAGGUUGUAAUCUAUCAACAGGUUUUAAUGGUGGCUGUAUUUUUUAAUUAAUCAGGAGAUUCCUUACUCUCAGUAGCAAAUAACCUUCCAUUUGCCAAGUUUUAUAUUGCUUGUAUACAAUAUGUAAAUAAUGUAUGUCUGAAACAGUGGUGGAAUACCUGAUUAUUAGAUACAACAUAGAAAAAAGAAAAAGAUCUCAUGAUUUGAGUUUGGUGGAUUUCAUUGUAUAUCUCCAUUAAGAAACUUGUUGACAAACAAAUUGUGCUUCCUCUGCUGCAGAAAUGUACAGUUGUUAAUCCAGUUGUAAAUAAAGCUUGUAUAAAACUUG